CUAGUCUCGAAGCUACUGCUUGUGAACGGUUGGCAUAGAAAAUAACAAAUAUAUCUAUAUUUGUAAAUAUAUUCAUUGUUAAAAACUAGAAUUCUUUUUUCAAACAAUGUUUACAAUUUUAGUUGAAUAAAUGUGACUGAGAAAGGAAAAUUAUAGCUGAACUUAAAGUCGAAGCUGAAAACCUGAAAAAUGUUAAAACAUGUUUUAGGCCUAUUUGUGGCUACUGCACUGGAAUGUGUGUAUGAGAUUAAAUGUGGAUUUGUCCCCUCCGCCCUCCUGGUCGAGGGCAAUAAUGAUCUACAUGAGGGAUUUCCAAGGGAGAAAAGAGAAAUUCAGAACUCCAGCAGCCACAGUGAGCACACUGAGCCUCCUGAUGUUAAACCUUUUAACGGAUAUGUCGAGGGACCCCAUCCAAUAGUUUCAGACUCGUUGUUCUCUCUGAUAAUCUUUAUCUACGUGGCGAUCACAUUCGGAUAUAUGUUCUACGCAUUCUGCUGGAGAUCAGAGGAAAGCAAGCCCGAGCCACCGUCAGACAAGGUUUGGUACACAUAUGACACAAAUGGUAGCAAUGAAUCACUAAAAAAGUGAAAAAGUAAAAGUAGAAUCUGCCAAUGAUCACGGAAAUGCUGAACGAAGUUGAAAAUCAAACAAAAGAAGAAAAUGCUGUUUAAAAUUAAAAUUAAGCACACAUACUGAUACAUCCAGAACUUUUUAGAGCACAUAUAGUACAGUACAGUACAGUACAGUACAUUAAAGUACAGUACAGUACAGUACGGUACAGUCUAGUACAGUACAGUC